CCACACACCACCCUGCAGACUUGACUUUCUCUCUCAUUGCUCACACCAAUUCCCAAGUCCCACCCUCCGAAACAUGAAGCAUCUAUUGCUCCUUUUCUCCAUUCUCUUCACAAGCCUCAUGUUCAACCACCUCUUGGUGUCCUCACAAUCAUUUUCUGUAACUGAACCCCCCCACAAUAACCCAGACAAUGAGUCCAUAUACAUACUUUCCAAGCAACUAUGCUGGAACUGCAUUGGAGAGUCCUUUCAAUUCCUCUUUGCCCACAAUCUGGUCCGAGCAGCCAAAUUUGAGCUCCCACUGACAUGGGACUUUCAGCUCGAGAGGUACGCAAGGUGGUGGGCCGGGCAACGACAAGCAGAUUGCCGGUUAAUGCAUUCGUUCCCAGAAGAUGAUUUCAAGCUAGGGGAGAAUAUUUACUGGGGAAGCGGCUCCUCGUGGACGCCAGCUGACGCAGUUGGUGCUUGGGCCGGGGAGGAGAAGUAUUAUAGUUAUCAGAAAAACAGUUGCGCCGUUGGGCAGCAGUGUGGGCAUUAUACACAGAUUGUGUGGAGGACUACUAGGAGGAUUGGGUGUGCUAGGAUGGUUUGUCGCAGUGGGGAUGUGUUUAUGACUUGUAACUAUGAUCCACCAGGGAAUUAUAUUGGUGAGAGACCAUAUUGAUGGUGGGGUUUGGUGGUAAUUUUGGUCCAAGGGUCAAACAGUAGUAUGCAAUAAUUUUGUGCAAUGCUGUAUUUGUGGGGAAUUAGAAGCUAGGUAUGUGUCAUAGUGUUU